AUGUUGCGAGAGGUGCGUUUGGCGCUGUUAGAAGCUGACGUGGCUUUACCUGUCGUGAAAGAUUUUGUUGCCAAGGUCAAAGAACGAGCUUUGGGGCAAGAAGUGAUUGCUAACCUCAAUCCUGGGCAAGCUUUGGUUGGUGUCGUACAAGAAACCUUGGUCGAUAUUAUGGGAGGUGCUUUGCGUCCAAGUCAGACCCAGAUAUUAGGACUUAAUAUUGGUGGUCAUCCACCUGCUAUUGUGAUGAUGGCUGGUUUGCAAGGCUCAGGUAAGACGACAACAACUGGAAAACUAACUCGUUUACUCCGUGCACAAAAGAAAAAAGUUUUAACGGUGUCUUGUGAUGUGUAUCGACCUGCUGCGAUUUUGCAGCUCAAAUCGGUGACCGAGCAGUCAGGAGGCGAUUGGUUUGAAUCCAAAGGAGAUGAAAAACCUCAGGAUAUAGCAACUCGAGCCCUCGAUUGGGCACGUAAACACUAUUAUGAUGUGCUUAUUGUUGAUACUGCAGGACGAUUGGGGGUAGAUGAAGUCCUGAUGAAUGAGAUUAAAGAGCUCAAUCAAAUUCUUAAACCUCAAGAGAUUCUAUUUGUGAUUGAUGCGAUGUUAGGCCAAGAUGCUGUCAAUACGGCUACCGCAUUUUCAAACGCAUUGCCUUUAACGGGAGUCGUAUUGACUAAACUUGAUGGCGAUUCUCGUGGUGGCGCGGCAUUAUCAGUGCGACAUGUGACAGGUCAACCGAUUAAAUUUGUUGGGCUUGGUGAAAAACUUGAUCGAUUAGAGAUGUUUGACCCUGCUCGGAUGGCUGAUCGUAUUUUGGGAAUGGGUGAUAUUGUUGCGUUGGUGCAACAGGCUCAGGAGAGUGUUGACAUCGCUGCUGCGCAAAAAUUAGCCAAUAAAGUUAGAAAA